AUGGGGAACAGUGGUAGUUCCACAGUAGAUGAUCUGCAAGCUGUUGAGAUCCACCAUUGGUACAAAAAGUUUAUGACAGAGUGUCCAUCAGGACAGCUGACUGAACAUGAAUUUAAACAGUUCUUUGGCCUUCGAGGGCUGGAUCCAGCGGCCAAUGAGUACAUUGAACAGAUGUUCCGCACUUUUGAUAUGAAUAAGGAUGGAUACAUCGAUUUCAUGGAAUAUGUGGCUGCACUCAGCUUAGUUCUUCGGGGAAAGAUGGAACAGAAAUUACGUUGGUACUUCAAGCUAUAUGAUGUGGAUGGCAAUGGUUGCAUUGACCGACAUGAACUGCUCAACAUCAUUAAGGCUAUUCGUGCUAUUAAUGGCUGUGACCAUGAAACUAGUGCAGAGGAGUUCACCAACCGAGUCUUCAAUAAGAUUGAUGUCAAUGGCGAUGGUGAGCUUUCCCUAGAAGAGUUUGUAGAAGGAGCCAGGAAAGAUGAGGAGUUCAUGGAGGUGAUGAUGAAGAGCUUGGACCUGUCACAUAUCGUGACCAUGAUCAAUGUCCGUCGGCACAGUGUCUAGAGCCUUCGGGUGGCGGGGGGGAGGCCUAUGAAAGAGAGCUUGUUGGGAGUGCAACAAGGGAAAGAAGGUGUGAUGAGAAUAAAACAGAUAAUGGUAUGUGGGUUGGGAGAGAUGUGUAUGUCUGUUUACUUGCACACAUUUUACAAUUCUGAUAUGUACACAUAACUCUGAUUCAGUGUGUGGCUAUCUGAUUGGCAUUUUGCACCACAAGGGCCAAGGUGCACAGCUUUCUCCCCUCUUCCUGCCCCAGAUUGCUCUGACAUGCACUAAUGGCCUGAUAGCAUGUUGCCCUCUCUUGUCUAAGUGAGGUCCACAGGUGUAGUAGUUUGGCAACCUAUCAGAACUGGUCCUGCUCAUACAAAGCCAACUAGCUAGUAGAAACAAAUUAACCACUCAGGUAGGAAUUUCCCAAACUUUUUACUAAGGUGACCCAUCAACUGCAUUUUUAUCUUUUGUAUAGCCCCUCCCCAAGCUUCAUAUAUAUAUAUAUAUUCAUCCUCAUUCCUGAUACUUCCUUGCCUGAUAUAGCAGAGAGGCCAUAACUGGAAAGGCUGCUGUGCACUCACCCCCACAACAGUGGCUCCUGUCUCCCAAGACUAGGCCUGAUUCCCAACUCCAGCUGUUGCAAUUCAGGUUUGGCCCAGUCAUCCCCCAGCCAUGAUGGAAGAGAGACACAGCCAUAUUUGAGUGAGAGGUGCUAUGACCCCAUGCACCUGGUAACAAUGCCCAGUAGGGGUGCCAGACCCACAUUAUGGGAUGGGAGUGACUUCCCCAGGCCAGAAGAAGUGUAUGUUUGCUUAGAACGCCAUGAUCUAUUUAGAACCUUCCCAUGAUCCAUUAGUAAAUUACAUCUCGCCAUAGGGGGAAGCACUGUCCAAAGAGCAAUGGAGAU